AUGAUUGGAAGAACAAUCUUAAGAGUUGUGUUCCCCAAACAACAUAGUCGCUGGUUCCUCUUUUUCUCAACCUCUCACUCCUCGGACGACAUAGGAACCUGCAUUGUCUCCCUUCAAUCUUGUGCCCACAACACAAACCUCUCCAAAGGAAAGGAACUUCAUUCCCACUUGCUCAAAAAUGGUUUCUUUGCAUCCCCAUUUGCCAUCACCAGCCUUAUCAACAUGUAUUCCAAGUGCACCCUUAUGGACUAUGCCUUCAAAGUCUUCAACUACCCCACUUUUCAUGAUAAAAAUGUCUUUGCCUUCAAUGCAAUCAUUGCUGGGUUCGUUGCAAAUGGGCUUUCCCAAGAUGGGUUUGGUCUUUAUAGGCAAAUGCGGCAUAUGGGUAUUGUUCCUGAUAAGUUCACGUUCCCAUGUGUGAUUAGAGCGUGUGGUGAUGCUGUGGAGGAUUUGGAGGUUAAGAAGAUUCAUGGGUUGUUGUUUAAACUUGGGUUGGAAUUGGAUGUGUUUGUUGGCAGUGCUCUGGUUAAUACUUACUUGAAAUUUGGAUUGGUGGUGGAGGCACAUAAGGUGUUUGAGGAAUUGCCUGUUAGAGAUGUUGUGCUCUGGAACUCCAUGGUCAAUGGGUAUGCGCAGAUUGGGCGGUUUGAGGAGGCUCUGGGUGUGUUUAGGAGGAUGGGGGAAAAUGGGGUAGUUCCUUGUAGAUAUACAGUUACUGGUGUUUUGUCUAUAUUUUCUGUGAUAGGUGACUUUGCCAAUGGACGAACUGUUCAUGGGUUUGUGACAAAAAUGGGUUAUGACUCCAGUGUUGUUGUUUCAAAUGCAUUGAUUGAUAUGUAUGGGAAAUGCAAAUGUAUUAGUGAUGCCUUGAAUGUAUUUGAGGUGAUGGAUGAGAAGGAUCUCUUUUCAUGGAACUCAAUCAUAUCGGUUCAUGAACGAUGUUGUGAUCAUUAUGGAACUCUGACGUUUUUUGAUAGGAUGCUACGAAACAGGGUUCAGCCUGAUUUGGUUACGGUUACUACAAUACUACCAGCUUGUACACAUCUAGCGGCCUUGAUGCAUGGUAGAGAGAUACAUGGGUAUAUGAUUGUAAAUGGGUUGGGGAAGGAAGGAAGUAACAAUGAUUUUGAUGAUGUUGUGUUGAACAAUGCUUUGAUGGACAUGUAUGCAAAAUGCGGAAAUAUGAGAGAUGCUCGCAUGGUUUUUGAUAGUAUGAGAGAGAAAGAUGUUGCCUCAUGGAACAUCAUGAUCACGGGUUAUGGAAUGCAUGGUUAUGGAGAUCAUGCACUGGAUGUGUUUUCUCGUAUGUGUCAAGCUCAAAUGGUACCUAAUGAAAUCAGUUUUGUUGGAUUGUUAUCUGCAUGCAGCCAUGCUGGCAUGGUGAAGGAGGGGCUUGAGUUUCUGGUAGAAAUGGAGUCAAAAUAUGGUGUUUUUCCAUCCAUUGAACACUAUACAUGUGUGAUUGAUAUGCUUUGUAGAGCAGGGCAGCUUAUGGAAGCUUAUGAUUUAGUGCAAACGAUGCCCUUUAAGGCCGAUCCUGUAGGAUGGAGAUCUUUGUUAGCGGCGUGCCGGCUCCACAAGGAUAUGUAUUUGGCUGGGAUUGCUGCAAGUAAGGUGAUUGAACUUGAGCCAGGCCAUUGUGGAAAUUAUGUAUUAAUGUCAAAUGUUUAUGGAGUUCUUGGUCGAUAUGAAGAAGUAUCUGAGGUGAGACAUACAAUGAAGCAACAAAAUGUAAAAAAGAGACCAGGUUGUAGCUGGAUUGAGCUUAUGAAUGGUGUGCAUGUUUUUAUAACGGGUGAUAGGACUCAUCCCCAAACUAACUUUAUUUAUGCUGGUUUAAAUUCAUUGACAGCAGUUCUGCAACAGCAUGGGUAUGUCCCUUAUAUGUAG